AUGACUGACCCAAGUGAUAGGGAUAAGUCCAAGCAAGAUGAUCCUGACUAUGAUCCGGAUGAAGAUGACUAUGCUGAGAGUAGAGUUGCUGCAGCCAAACCACCUGUUUACUUGGGAAAGGAAGACCCAACCAGCCUUGAAAACUGGAUUAGGGAGUUUGACAAGCUGUUUGAUGCAAUCAAUUGCCCAAGUGAGCUAAGAGUGAACAAUGGUGUUUACUAUUUGAGGGAGGAAGCUGACUUAUGGUGGACCCAAAGAAAGGAUGAGUUGCUGAAAAGACCAAACUUUGAGUGGGAUGAGUUUAAUGAAGCCUUGAGAGAGAAGUUUUACCCUUCCUACCUAAGAAAGCAGAAAUGCAUGGAGUUUACCAACCUGAGAAUGGGGAACAUGUCUAUCAAUAAAUACUACAACAAGUUCAUUGAGUUGAUGAGGGUAGAAUUUCCGUUGGAUUUGAUCGAGUUCGAUUUGAAGCAUCUCGAUGUAAUUCUGGGUAUGGAUUGGUUGGGAAGAUAUGAAGCAAAGAUUGAUUGUGCAACUGAAAAGGAUGAAGAGGAGCAUAAGGAGCAUUUGAGACAAGGAGCAUUUGAGACAAGUGUUAUCAUGUUUGAGAGAGCACCAGUUGUAUGCCAAGCUGUCAAAGUAUUGGGAUGUGUUUUGAUGCAAAGUCAAAGGGUGAUUGCGUAUGCUUCAAGGCAGUUGAAACCUUACGAAGGGAAUUACCCAACCCAUGAUUUGGAGUUAGCUGCAAUAGUGUUCGCUUUGAAGAUUUGGAGGCAUUAUUUGUAUGGGGUGACUUAUAGGAUUUUCAUGGAUCACAAGAGUUUGAAGUACAUUUUCACCCAAAAGUAUUUGAAUGGAAGGCAGAGAAGAUGGUUGGAGUUUCUAAGUGAUUAUACGUUGGAUAUUCAAUACCAUGAAGGAAAAGCUAAUGUGGUGGCAGAUGCUUUGAGCAGGAAGUCAGGACAUUUGAUGAAUGUGAUGGUAGUGCCAGACUAG